GGUGUAUGUCUGUGCUAUGGAGGGCCACCACUUUUGGUUUGAGAGGCCUGUAGCCUAGAGAAGUUCAUGUGUCCAGCUAAACUAUUUUGAGAAGUCCAUUUCUAUACAUGAUUGGCAUGUCACAAGUGGUUGCAGGUAAACAACAUGCCGCUUCUCAAAAGGCCAUAUUUACAUAUAUGGUAAAGCUGUAAAUAGGGCGGUUGAAAGGGACUAUUUAAACGGGUUAGCCUGCAAGACUGGGAGAGAGAGAGAACACCUGGGACACCGAGAAUUGACAAAGCUCUCUCCCACACUUUGCUUCUGACUGAAAUAAAUAUUUGUUCCGGUUAAGAAGACAGUGUGUACUGAGUUUUAUUUCAAGAAAACAGCCUUCCAAGGACACCCAAAGAGGAGUCUACAAGAAACGAGAAGACACAACAAAAAUGGCGCCCGAACAGGGACUUGAUUAAGACUUGAUUGAGCCUUGAUUGAGACAUCAGUUGAGACUUCGGUUGGGACUUCAGCAGGACCUUGAAAACAGGGACUUCAGUUGCGGCUCCAGGCAAGAAAAAGAUCCGGGGACCCCGAAGGGAUCCAGUUGUGGCUCCGAGUGGGUUGACGUGGCAAGCUUUCGCUCUCACGCCGGCAAAUAAAGGAUUGGAGACAGGAGACAGAGAGGAAGGAAAAGAGAGGGGUUGCUGACAAGCAACAGGGACGGAGUGUCACAUGUACUGGCUGCUGUGUUGACGUCAACCAUAUCAGGCUAGUGAUCAUCCAUACAUUUCUUCCUUAUAAAUACCUGCAUAUACACAUAGUGGCAUUUACAUUUAUAACUAUCGUAAAUUAGGAAUAUUACUUUACUCUCAUUGGUGAUUUACACAGGGGUGUAUGAGAAUUGGAAAAUAGAUUAAGCAGGAAGUAUUUUGGCCAUAAGGAAAUAUACCAAGGGGGGUUAGAAGUUAAAAUAAAAACACAUAUCUAAACAGAUUGAUUGAUUGACUGGUUGGUUGAUUGAUUGACUGGUUGGUUGAUUGAUUGAGUGGUUGGUUGAUUAAGUGAUUGAUCGGUUUGAAUGAUCGAUUACAGAUGUUGAUUAGCUCAUUAGUUAAAGGUGUGAGAAUCACAAAUAGUGGUAAAUUAAGUAAAAGUUUAGGACUGUAAUUGGGAAGACAUAUUAACAGAGAAUCUUUUGAAACUUUGGUUGGAAACUUUAGACUUUAGACUUGGGAAUUGUUUUUCAGUGUUUAAGUUUUCUGGAGUUGGCAACCAUUCAAGCUGAGUCAUGUGGAUAGCAAUUGAAAAAAUAAAUAAAUAAAUAAAUAAAAAUAAAUAAAUACAUCAAAUUUUAUUAAUUUCUCUGUAAUAUUAAAGUAAUCUUGGCAAUUGGUAUUUCUUCACAUUAGAGGAACAUAGAAAGGGUAGGAAUAUGUCAAAUAUGGGAUUAAGUGGAUCAAAAGGAAUAACCCCAGUUGAUGUGGUCAAGAAAAAUAAUCCUUUAAUUAAAGGCAUUAAAAAAAUAUCAGGGAAAUGGAAUAAAAGAUGGCCUGAUAUUGAAAAGCCAUGGCCAGUUGAAGGGACUCUUAACCCAGAUGUGAUUAAAGUGAUACAGGUGCUGGUGACCACAUACAAAGCAAAUGAGAAGAAAGGGAAGAAAGGGGAAAAAAGGAAGGAAAAGAGAGAGAUGGAGCUUGGUGUUCUUCAACUGUUUGAACAAGAAGGACAGAAGUUGCUCAAAGCCACCAAGGAAAGAAGAGAGAAGGGCCAAGAAGAAAUGGAGAGGAAUGCAAGAAAAAUAGAAAAGCAGAUGGCAGAAAUUAAUGCACCAUUUUCACAUGUAACUCCAGUAAAGGAACCUCCACCAUAUGAGAAAGAAGUGAAGUUUGAAGACAUUUACCCCCAAGUCCCAGUGAUAAGUCAAGAGGGAGAAUAUCAAAUUACGGAUGAUGAUAAUCAAAUAAUGGAAGCAGGGAAAGCAGAGACAAUCAUAAAAAUGAUCCCACAUACUAAAAGUAAAAGGACAUCAAGAUGGCUGCAAACCAAGGGGAUCCUAAAGAUUAGAAAGACAAAAAGAGGAGAAGAUGAAGAUCACAGUGAUUGGGAAGAGGCUGCAGGAGGAUAUGAUCCGGCUGUCAGGCGGUUGCUGGCAAAGGCAGAAAGGAAAGGAGAUAAAACAAGGAAACUUGAAGACUUUGAUGACAGAAGCUCUACCAGUGAAAACGAAGACAGUGAUGAUGAAUGGGACAGCAGAAAGUCAGUGUCUUCAAGAGGAUUUGUCCCUGCAACAUCAAGCACAAGAACUGAAGAGGACUUGCAGAGGGAUAUGAAAGAAGUAGAAAGAAGCAUAGACCGAUGCAUUUCAUUCUUGGAAAAGACCACAAGUCAAGGAAGCCAAAGAGCUUUGGAGAAACAACUUAAGGAGUUGAAGACACAAAAGAAAGACUUAAAGAAAGAAGUGGAAAACAGAUAUUCGCUGCGUUCAAGAACUAGGAUGCCACAUGAUAAAAUGUGUCCAGUAAUCGUCAGAGGACAAAAUUUGGAAUACAAGCCUUGGCAGAACACGGACAUGUCAGAUGUGCUGGAAAAGCUGCCAACUAUUCAAGAUGGAGCAUAUCCUUGGAUCUCAAAGUUGGAGGAAAUCAUGGUGGGAACACAACCUGCCAUAGGAGAUAUUAAACGACUGUUGGCUAAUCUUCUGGGAGUUCCAGCCAUGGAAGAAAUACUACAAAAAGCAGGAUUAGACCGCUAUGUGGGAACAGCUGUGAAUGAUCCAGAAUUAUUUUCUGCAGUAAGAGGUCGAAUGUGGAGAGCAGUGAGAGAUACAUUUCCAACAAAUGUACAUCCAGAUAACAUUCUUAUUGAUCCGUUGGGAGAAGAAGAGAAUCCAAGGUCGUAUGUGUCUAGGGCUCAUCACGUGUGGAGGAAUGUUACAGGAAAUGAUCCGGAGGUAAAUCAAAUGGAACAAUCCAUCCUGAGAGCCAAGAUACAGAAGGGACUUCCUCUGUCUGUAAGAAACAAGCUGGCAGAAGUGGUUGGUCUAGGAAGUAUGGCAACAGGGCUUUACACAGAUCACAUUGCCCAUCAAGUGGAGCUGUACAGGAAAAAAGCAAGAGACCAGAAAGAGAAUGAUCAAGAGACCAUCAGAAAGCUCACUCACAUAAAAUUGCUGGACAAUACAAAGAAAGAAAAGAAGCAAGCAGUGGUAAUGCAAGGUCAGAUGCCACAAACUGAGCAAAACCAACCCUCACAACAAAUACAACCAAUUCAGGCUCAAGCUCAAUUGACCCAACCAUCAUCUGUGAAUCCAGUUGUUUCAUGGUCACAGCCGCUUCUAGGUCAGACGCAGUUUUGGAGAGGAAGAGAUCAAGGGGCUAUAGGAAGAGGACGUGGAGGAAGGUUUGAUCCAACCUUUCAACAGUCCACUGAAGUAUGCUACAACUGUGGAUUAAUAGGUCACUUUGCUCGAGAGUGUACCAGACCAGCAGGAAACUUCAGAGGAAACUUCAGAGGAGGAUUCAGAGGCCACUUCAAGCCCUUUAGGGGACCGGUAAACCCGUUCAGGGGCCCGGAAAGAGGAUUUUAGAGGUGCCCAGAGAACUCGAAAGGGGGGUGUCAGCUGGUAGCAUCAGGGCCAGAACAAGAACCAACUAUACAGGUGCAGGUAAAUAAGCAACCAUUAAAUAUGUUAGCUGAUAGCGGAGCAGCCUUUACCUGUAUCCAGCCUAAAGAUGCUAUACACCUCCCCAUGUCUGAUCAGUGGAUUCGGACAGUCGGGUUUGAGGGAGUGAAACAGCUGAUUCCUCUUACAAAACCAGUAGAGCUCUGCUACAAGAAUAUGAAGACAAAAAUACCAAUUCUGGUAUCGGAACAUACACCAGUAGCCUUAAUGGGAAGAGAUGCUUUGUGUAGGUUGAACUGCACAAUAAAAUGUACACCAGAUGGAUGCUUAGUGGAAGUGCCAACUGAUGCGGCCCAUCAAUUAUCAAUGACGACAGAAGCAGAAGCUUCAUUAGUUUUCUGGAUUGGAAAUCUCACUACAGACUUUUUGAAGUCAGCCAAGCUAUGGGAGAAGUUUAUUGAGGCUAACCUGCCUGAUGCAAAACCUCCAGAGUAUCUGCUGCAUUGUACACUCAAGUACUUUAAAGAUGCUUCCAAAGCAAAUGCUGAAGAGUGGUUAAGUCACCAACCAAAGCAAGUUCAACUUUGUUCAAGUUGUAUAAUUGUGGGACAACAAGGAGCAGCUAUGAGGGUGGAUAGCAAUGACUAUUUGCUUAAGGAGUUUGCCAUCCAAAAGAGUGUGCCACAUGUGACACUGCUAGUGUCUGAGGAUUAUGAACAAAAACAUGUAGGAGAAAUGAUGGCAGAAGCAGAGGAAGCUGUCUUUGUACCACUGAAAGAAAAUAAAGGAAUCUGGAGAAGCAAGGAUCAGCGAUUCAUCAAGAUCUUGGUCUCUUCUCAAGGACAUGGACAGCCACAAGCUAUUCGGAUGACACAUGAGUCACUCAUAAAUCCAAUGAGGAAUUUUUUGAAAGAAGAAAUGCUACAACAAGUGCCAGAAUGUCUAUGGUCAAGGCAUAGCACGGACAUUGGACUUGUAAAAUCAGCUCAACCAGUGAUAGUUGAACUUCAACCAGGAAUUAAACUUCCAUGGAAGAAACAGUAUCCAUUGACAGAAGAAGCCAUUCAAGGGAUAGAACCAGAAAUUGAAGGACUAUUAAAAGCAGAUGUAUUAAAGUUGACAAACACUCCUCAAAGCAAUACACCUUUGUUGCCAGUAAAAAAGCCGGAUAAUUCUUAUCGUCUGGUGCAUGAUUUAAGAGCAGUUAAUGAGGUAGUAGCAGAUUUCCCAGCAGAAGUACCAGAUCCUCAUACGUUAUUGGCUCAAAUUCCUCCUGAAGCAUCACACUUCACAGUGUUAGAUUUGUGUGGGGCUUAUUUUAGUGUUCCACUUAAUGUACAAAGCCAGGGCUUAUUUGGGUUUACAUACAAGGGACAGUCCUAUGAGUACAAGAGACUUCCGCAAGGGUACAAACAUAGUCCGCACAUUUUUAAUAAAAUAUUAAAAGAGGAUUUGGAUGGAUUGGGGCAAUUAGUGCAGAGUAAAGUGAUACAUUAUGUCGAUGAUAUAAUUCUUUGUGCACCAGAUGAGGAAACAUGCCAUAAGGACUCCAUUAAAUUACUACAAAUAUUGGCACAUAAGGGGCAUAAAGUUUCUCAGAAAAAGCUGCAGUAUUGUCAGAAAAAGGUAGUUUAUUUGGGACAGACAAUAACAGAGGGACACAGAAGUAUUUCAGAAAAGCAAUUAGAAGCUAUUCGGAAAGCUCCAAAACCUAGAACAGUUAGAGAAAUGAUGACAUUUUUGGGCAUAGUGGGGUACUCUUCUGCAUGGAUAGAGGACUAUACUAGUCUGAUGGGGCCUUUGAGGGCUAUGGUUAAAGACACGGGGUGUACUCAACUCCACUGUAACCUUUCCUGGACACAAGAUGGUCUGUUAGCUUUUGAAACCAUUAAACAGAGAUUGCAGGAGGCUCCAGCAUUAGCGUUACCUGAUUACUCUAAAGAUUUCCUAUUGUAUGUGUCUACUUCUACGGGAGGUAAAUAUGCAUGUGCAGUCCUCUGUCAACCUACAGGUACAGGACCAGGCCCGCAACCUAUUGCUUAUUAUUCUAUUGCAUAUUCAGAAGUAGAGUUGGGAUUGCCAUUAUGUUACAGAGCAAUGGUAGGGGUCUACUUAAUGUAUGAAAAGGCUUCAGCAAUUACAAUGGGGUAUCCAGUAACAAUUCUAACUCACCAUAGCCUUAGAAAUCUACUUAAUCAUGGCAAAUAUACUUUGACUAUGUCUAGGCUUAGAGACUAUUAUAGGCUUCUGGAACAGGAAGAUGUAACUCUAGUAAGGUGUGCCACAGUAAAUCCAGCGGAAACCUUGCCAACUCCAGAAGAUGGUGAACCACAUGACUGUGUUCAUGAAGCAGAAAAAUAUUCUAGACUUAGAGCGGAUUUGCUAGCCAUUCCCUUAAAGGAAGUGGACAUUGAGUUUUGGACUGAUGGGUCCUGUUAUCGGAUAGGUGACAAAUUGAAAGCAGGCUACGCAGUGGUAAAAGCCCAAGGGGAUGACUUUGUUGUUGAAAAAGCUGAACUAGUACCACAGCCAGCAUCAGCCCAAUUAGCAGAGCUUGUAGGCCUGACAGAAGCAUGUUUAUUGGCAGAAGGCAAGCGAGUAAACAUUUAUACUGAUUCCUCUUACGCCCAUAGCGUUUGUCAUUUGUUCGGAGCAGUGUGGAAGAAUCGAGGGUUUAAGAAAACAGAUGGUUCUCCGAUACAGCAUCAUGCCCAGAUUAUGAAGUUAUUGUUGGCUAUGAUGAAACCUAAGGCGAUAGCCAUAACAAAAUGUGCAGCACAUAAAGUAGAUAUGUCUAGGGUCACGCAGGGGAAUAAAGCAGCUGAUGAAGCAGCAAAAGCAGUCAUAGGUGCAAACAAAGUAGGGGAGGUUUUCUUAGUUACUCAUGAAGUAGACAUAGAAGAUAACAUUACACUUAGGGAUGUCAUUUUAAUGCAGGCAGCUGUUCAUGAUGUGGAAAAACAGUUAUGGCGAGACCGUGGGGCAUCUCAAGAUUCGGCUGGCCUCUGGAGAAAUCAUGAGGGGUUGAUGGUAGCACCUCCUGACCUGUUGGGUCUGAUGAUACAUGAGGCACAUGGACUAGCCCAUGUUGCAAGGGGGGAGGUAAGAAGGAAAAUUACUAAGGAAUAUGGGUUUUGGGCACCAUAUUUACUUGAGCAGAUCGAUCAUGUCAUUGGUAGAUGUACCAUUUGCCUGAAAAACAAUGUUCGAAGGGGGGUUAUGGUUCCACCUGGAUAUAUUCCAACUCCAAGGGGUCCUAUGCGUGAGUUGGUUGUGGACUUUGUUGAUAUGAUAAAACCAAUUGAUGGUAAAAGAUAUCUGCUAGUGGUGGUAGAUAGGUUUUCAAGAUGGCCUGAGGCCUGUCCAACUAAGAAAAAGGAUGCUCAGUCGGUUGCAAAGUUUUUGUGUAGAGAAGUCGUUAGCAGGUGGGGACUUCCAGAUCGAAUAUCCUCGGACAACGGUAAAGAAUUUGUGGAUAGGACAGUAAAAUUGAUUUUGCAAAAAUUAGGAAUUAAACAGCGACUUGGUAGUGUGUACCAUCCUCAAAGUCAAGGCAUCUGUGAGAAAAUGAAUGGGGUAUUAAAGAACCGCAUUGUGAAAAUCUGUCAGCACACGGGGUUGAAUUGGGUUGCAGCGCUUCCAUUAGCACUGAUGGUGUGUCGCUCAAGUGAACAGCGUGAUUUGCACAUGACACCACAUGAGAUGGUAACAGGCAGACAAAUGCCUACACCAUGUUUGCGCACAAGUGGGAAAGGUCCAAGUUUGGCCAUUCUAGAGGAUGAUAUGAGAGCAUAUGUGACCUACAUGGCUAAUCUACAUAAGAAAAUAUCUACAUACGUUUCUGACAGGCAAAAGAAAGAAGAGGUGCAGGAGAGGCUGGAGGAGCAAAAGAGGAGUACAGUUCAACCAGGAGACAAGGUGUUCGUGAAGGUGUUUAGAAGAAAGUGGUAUAACGAACGCCGUGAAGGACCUUUUGAGGUUGUGCGCUGUACAGGAACUGCAGUUCAGGUUAAAGGAUCCCCAACGUGGUAUCAUUUGUCACAUUGUGUUAAAGCACCUAGAGAAGAGACACCACAAGUGCAGAGAGAUUUGGGAAAUACACAGGGGGCAGAAGAAGAUGGAAAAGAACAGGCAGAAGGAGAAAGGGAGAGAGGUUCCCAGGGUCAAACGCUGGACGAGGAGAAUGGUCAUGUGGGGGAUGAUGUUGUGCAUUCUGUGGAUAUUGCAGGUACUACCAGAAAUAGUGAACAAGGUAGAAGGUUUGAAGUCAUUGAGUAUGAACAUAUUCCAGAGACAACAAAGCCAAGUUCAGGGGAGUGUGAAGGGACAAAGGGUACAAAGGGAACUGAUUCCACUAGUAGGGAAGUCAGACACCCAGAUAGACAGAGACGUCCUAGACCAGUUCGAAAAAAGGUUAAACCAAAGCGCUAUGAGGAUUAAAGAAGAAGGUCUUAAGGGUAUUUUUACUUCAGAAGGAGCAAAUGUUACAGAUUUUGUAAAUGUAUCACAAAUAUCAACACCAUUGCCACAGAUGAGUCUGACAACUGCGACCCCUGACAUGGUACUUACUGUUAGUCUAGGUAAAACAGUUCAUCUUCCUUGUAAAUGUGGAAGGUAUAACACAGGGAGUAAUCAUCCACCUCAGUGGAAAAACAGUCGUGGUGAAGAAUUAAUAUGGACAGGACCUGCUGUUGAUGGGAUACCAUAUGAUCAGAGAAAGUAUAUUUUAUAUAAUGAUGUAAGGUGGUUUAAACUCCAACAAGAUUGUUCACUAAUUAUGCGUAAUGUUACAUGGGAAGAUCAAGGGGUGUACCAGUGUGUCUAUUUUGAGCCAGAGUUCAAAUUUGUGCCUAGAACAAAUGUAUGGAGAGAGGGGUACAUAACACGUAAAAUGAUGGUUAAAAUAAAAACUUCAAAUCCAAAGAGAAUCUUAGAGGCUACUACAAGGAACCAAGGGAAAAUGUUUAUAGCAACCACAAUAGGGGUAAAUAAUACAGUUAAGCAGUUUAAUACUGUAGCUACGACAGUAACUAAAAGUUUGACAGUGGUAACUCAGGCUACUACUGUAGUCUCUAAUUUGCAGGAAAGUGAGAUGAGCACCAUGAAACGGACAACCCCUGCGCUUGUCACUAAGGAAAAUGGGGCUGGUAAACAGGAAAAAAACGUAACAGUAGUAAAUGCUACAACGAUACCAAUAGCAGUAACAGAAGAAAACGCAGCUAAUGUGACAGACAUAAUAAUGAAUAGGGAAGAUGUAAAUAGUGACUGGACACCAGAUGACAUGGAUGACCAUUAUCGUGCACUACAGAAAAGAGAAACGAAAUGGAAGGCAUUUGGGUUUGAUUCAUCUGUAUUACAAAUCACUGACCAGUGGGCAGCCAGAAACUUAUGGUUUCAACAGAUAACUCAUUCAGUAAGAGCUAGUAUGAAAUUGAAGGGACCUUGUGUGGUGAAAGUGCCAACGCCUGGCACUUGGCCAUCUAUUUUGGAAGCAGUACCGGAACCAUUAAUGGUUAAAUGUCAGUCUUAUGCAUUAUCAUGGUUGCUAUAUAAUCAGCAAGCAUCAAAGGAUGUGUGGAUGGCACUCUCGGUAUAUUUGUUUAGACCAAAGUUCAAUUGCACAUGGUUGAAAGACUUACCCUAUGUAAAUAUACUCGAUAAAUUUGAAAGUCAGGAACCUGUGAUCCCCGAUGCUUUGGAUGUAACACCUGUACAGGCAGAUGAGUGUUUUUGUUCAAAUCAGACUCAUAAUGGGCCGGGAAUGUUUAUGGGUAUAUCAAAAUGUGAUAAGUAUAUGCUAAAUCUGAAGGAGGGAGCCUCGAAGACGUCGGAUGACUUGUUCAAGGUAACUUUUAGGGGGAUGAACCAUAAGCAUAGUACUGUAAUGGCAAAACAUCAAACAUUGCCUGGAAAUGUAACAAUAGGAAAUUUUAAAGAUAUUUGGUGGAUUUGUGGAGAAAAAGCUUAUAUAUUUUUACCAAAUGGCUGGACAGGAUGUUGUUACAUGGCAAAAUUGAAGCUACCAUAUGAGAUUUAUGCAGUACAAAAAGUUGGGUCACCGACUGAAACCAGUUCAGAAGAUAUAUCAAGACAUAGGCAGAAGAGAGAAAUGGCACAGUUCCAUAAUUUGGAGGCUUACCAUUGGAGGAUUAGUAUAGGAGAAAAAUGGGGUAUAGGUUUACUUCCGUGGUAUGGGGUCACUUUCCUAGCAGACCAUAUUGAUAACAUUACCUACACAUUACAAGGAUUUGCUAACGAGACAAUUAAAGGCUUUGACUAUUUAACAAACACACAAAAAAGUCAUAGACUUACGUUGUUAAAACAUGAUAUGGCUCUUGAUUAUAUUUUAGCAAAACAAGGUGGCCUAUGUGUGGCUUUGAACUUAACUGGAGAUGCCUGUUAUACGCUGAUUCCUGAUAAUACAGAUAAUAUGACAAAUGUCAUAGAAGCUUUGAAACAUAUUAGGGAGGCUUUUGGUCCAUCAAAAGGAGCUGGGUGGUCUGUGAAUGCAUGGUUAUUGGACAAAUUGGGUCCGAUGGGAGCAAUGUUGGCUCAGCUUUUUGGAGCAGCGAUUCUAUCGUUGUGUGUGAUGCUUUGCUUUUGCACACUAUUGCUAACUUGUGCAAAGGCUAUGAUUUUGAAAUGGAUAGGAGUUGUGAUGCCUGGAAGUGAGGUUCAAAUGCCAUUACUAUCAAGACGAGAUUCAGACAUUGAUGAGGGUUUAAUGGUAGAAAGCGCGUUGGUAGAUACAUACCCACUUUAGGACUUUUCAAUAAAUAACCCUAUUUACCAAAGCUAUGUAGAAUAUCCAAUCAUGUAUCAGUAUAUUCAUAAAGGUUAUGUGUUAGUAUUAACCUGAUAUUUAGAGGUGAUUUAAGAAUACUAUUGUAGAAUCAAGAGUGAUAGCAUGAAAAGAAAAAAAAAAAUAAUAAUAAUAAUAAUGACAAUAAUAAGAUAAAAUGUUUGCUUGAUAAUAUUAAUAUAAAAUAUACCAUUUGCUUAAUUUGAGUGUACUGUUUGUUUGAAGAAAAGAUACUGGGUGUGUCUUAUCUUUUUCCUCCAGGACAAUAGUGGGGAUACCACAAGGGGGUGAUUGAUGUCCAGAGGUCCCAGUCUGUUGAGAAGUUUGGACACUGAAAGAUAUGAAAGUCUGGAGGCCUGGGGGACACUGAACAGGAAUAUAGGAAGCAACAUCUGGGAACUCGCCAUUUGUCAUCAAUACAUCAGAGGACAAUGUGCUAAGGAGUUACAUCUUCACACUUUCUAUGCUCAACAUAUAUUCAUAUAUAUUGUAACAACCUUUUGUUUGUUGAUUUUCACAUUGUAACCUUUAAGUUUUGCUGUUUAAUUACAAAAUGAUGUAUGUUACUUGGGAGUAAGUACAGUGUGACCUCAGGGGUUUUGUUCUUUUCUCGAGGCUAGGGAAGUAAUGUUAGGCAGGGCAAGGUGGACUGGAGGGUCCGAUGGGUCGACCAGCCUGAAAGUACACAUUUUGUUUGGUUUAUGAGGUUUCAUCUGUAUGAUACUCACUUGUACAUAUCCAGAAGUGUUAUUCUCAAUGGUAAGACAUUUCUUCUUUAUUGGUAUUGGAGUACUGUUUUCAGUGAUCGUCUAAGGCCAAGAGAUCGUGAGAGAGUUUUUCCUGUCUUGAAGGAUUGCUGGAUAUUAUUGGUAAGAUAGUGGCCUGGCAGGUUUUCGCUCUCACACUCCACUAAAUUGGUAGUGAAAUAACACUCAUUGAAGGAAUGGUUGUAAAACUGUACAUGUAAAAAUGAUAAUGUACUUCUUUUAGUUCUUCGAGCCUCUAGGGAGCCUCGAAAGGGGGGCAAUGAGGUGUAUGUCUGUGCUAUGGAGGGCCACCACUUUUGGUUUGAGAGGCCUGUAGCCUAGAGAAGUUCAUGUGUCCAGCUAAACUAUUUUGAGAAGUCCAUUUCUAUACAUGAUUGGCAUGUCACAAGUGGUUGCAGGUAAACAACAUGCCGCUUCUCAAAAGGCCAUAUUUACAUAUAUGGUAAAGCUGUAAAUAGGGCGGUUGAAAGGGACUAUUUAAACGGGUUAGCCUGCAAGACUGGGAGAGAGAGAGAACACCUGGGACACCGAGAAUUGACAAAGCUCUCUCCCACACUUUGCUUCUGACUGAAAUAAAUAUUUGUUCCGGUUAAGAAGA